UCCCAGUCCGACGCACCUCAUCGUCAACUUCCCCGGCCCGUGUCGGAUUUGGCAACUUCUUUCCAGCUGCAUUGUGGGAAGUAACAGAGAAUUGUGCUGGAUACCCCAUUCCGUCUUUGCUUUGUGUGCACCGCCUUUAUUCGUCCAAUAGUUUCCAUCCCAUCCCCAACCGUCAUGCAACAGCGUCACUCCGGGACAAACAGGGAGCCUUGAACAAUUCUCUUUCUGGCCUGCUUAAACGAGAACAGCCCGUUUCAAUGUCUGGGCAGUAUUAGCCCGUAUUGACACGUUUGCAUUGAUCUUCACUGUUACCGUUGCCCAUUCCGUUCAUCUUUUUCUCUUCUUGUUGUUGCUUCUCAUCAGGUAUAUACACACCCGGAUCCGCCUCCUUCCCCCAGCUUCCGCCCACUUGCCUGCCUUUCGCCGUCGCCAUCACCAUCGUCUGAGGUUGGCCUGCCAUGGAAAAUAGCAUGGUAUGCCCCUUUUGCGGGAAGGCUGACAGCGGAGAGUACGAGAUGUUGCUGCACAUGGAGACGUUUCACCCCGAGGAAGGCAGCCCGCAUUUCCCCUCACCCAGUCUUCGGACUCCGAAUGAGGGUUACGGCGAGUGUCCCAUUGAUGGCUGUGGGGAGAUUGUCUCUCUCGCCGAGAUGGAUUAUCAUGUCGACCUUCACCUGGAGGAAGAACGUCAAGUCGCAGACUCUUCAGACACCCAAGCCACCAUUGAAACUCAGAGCUCGCUUACUACUUCUGCUACCGCUACGGCAUCUGGCAGCCAUGCUACCAGUGACCCUGCCUUGAACCGACAGAUGGACUCUAUCGAGCAGUGGAACAAGCUUAUAGCGAUGCCUCCUGUCAAACCAAUGGACAAAGAAGGAGAAAGGCGCCUCGGUAAAGCAGAGCUGGGAAAAUAUGCUCACGAGCAGAAAAUGCCAGAUUGGCUCGUUUCCCUCCUUUACAAAGGCGGCGAAGUUAAGAGUGAUGGGGUCAUAUAUGUUCUAGAUCAACUUCUUCGACAGAGCAAGUCAACCGAAUAUGCCUACCUUUGCAACCCAGCUGUUCAGCAUGUAUCGAAGCUCAAGAAAGAAGGGGGCUUCUGUGGCUAUCGCAACAUUCAGAUGAUGGUCUCAUAUAUCAUUGGCGACAACGCGUAUGGCAAGGAUGCAUUCAAGGAUCGCUUGCCGACCAUAUUUGAGAUCCAAGAAUUCAUUGAGAGGGCCUGGGAUCUUGGCAUCAACUCGCAGGGCCGGCUGGAGACUGGCGGCAUCAAGGGUACUCGCAAGUACAUUGGCACGCCAGAGGCCCAGGCACUCUUUGUCAGCCUCGGGAUACCCUGCAUCGCUCAGGGGUUUAAGGACCCUGAGCCAGGAAAGUCCGAGGCCAAGCUGAUGAUGGCCGUCGAGCAGUAUUUUAGGCAGGGAAUGCAUAGCCAGCCAUCCAAGGUGACAUGCACAUCACUCCCACCCAUUUACUUCCAACAUGCUGGUCAUUCAUUGACGAUUGUUGGCUUUGAGAGACAGAAGCAUGGUCCUGUCAACUUGUUGGUCUUUGACCCCAUGUUUCGCGAUCCACCAGCACUUUCUCGCCUUAUCGGCCAGACAUUCAAACACAAGUCGGCUGACGAGUCAUUGAAACCGUAUCGUCGGGGCGCCAAGUACCUUCGCCGUUAUCGAGAAUUUGAACUUCUCAGACUCGAUGGUCCUAAAGCGAUACCGCACAGAACAGCAACUGAUACUGGAGAUAACUGAAUCACCGCUGAUCGGUCACCUUGAUAUCGACAGCGUCUAGUCCACUCGCUGCUGAGCGAACCAGUCUUGCAACUUUGCAAGGGCCAGACCGCGAUGGGAUAUCUUGUUCUUGGCGGCCUUGUCCAUCUCGGCGUAGCUGUUUCGACUGUCAGCAGGGAGACUCAGUUCGUCGACGUCGGACUUACGUCUGUCCAUCAUAUUCGAAAAUGGCAUCCCAUCCUUGACGGAGUUAGCAUAAGAACCAUACGAAGGAGUACCAAAACACCUACCAAAGUCGGCCGGGCCUCGAGGUGAAACAAUCUUGCCCUGUUUCCGACGUUGGCAUAUCAUCCAUGGCGCAGCAUUGCAAGCAUGAGAUAUGACUCACUCUGGUUCGCCCCUGGAAAAGGACAGGCUCAUGGCCGGGGCCGGGCGAAUAGGCAAAGGUGCAGACGGCAUCGGCAGACUUGUCCUCGUAAGCAACGAGGAGAUUGUUUAGACCCUGGUGGCCAAUAGAUUGCAUAAACCACUUGCUGAGAGACUGUGUGUCAGUUGAUCAAUACUAUCAGGUUGGAAAAGCGCUUACAUGUAAGGGCCAGGGAGGUCGUUGAGAGCCUUGAAGCAGAGGCAAGUGUCCUCAACGAGGACGGGACCUUGGAUCUGGACCCCCGUGAGGAUAACAAAUCAGCAUUCACACCCCAUGAGCGCACAAGAUAUUCAAUCUCGUGAUGAAUGAAGUAACUCACCGUCUCUGCCGCUUUGCGACAUUUGGCCAGUGUGACCUCCUCUACUGUACCCUGUACUUCCUCC